UGCAGUGGACGCUGCGCCGCCCACCUUGUGGUCCGUAGCCUUGCUGCUGUACGUAGCCCACGGUCGGAGGGUAGUAGACUUGUUGCUGACUCCCCCACUGUGCCUGCUGAUCCUGCGCAGGAAUUUGCUGCCAGCCUCCCUGCUGAACUGCCGGCGGAGGCGCCUGCUGCUCCUGCUGAACUCCGUCCAUAUCAUAUCCAGACUCGUAAAAGUCCUGUCUGUUGUCCUGGUCACCGUACCCAGCCAUUCCCCCCCAAAACAACGAGCAAAGAACCUGCAGCCUGGUUUUUGCAAACGUUGGCGACGGUGCGCAUGUUUUAGAAACUUUCGCAUAAUUAGAACACAUGUACAUACGAGAGAAAUCGAAAAAGGAAGGAUAAUAACACUGUGAUGAAACUAAGGGGUGCUUUGUUACUAGUCGGGUUUGAAGAGCUGUAACUUUGGCAGAAACUCAAUCAAAAGGACCUGAAAUGAUAGGGAUGAACAGAUCGUGAUGUGUUACACGAACAAAAACUGACAUAGUUUGUAAGCCUGCUGUGUUCAUUGUGCUCUUGCCUCAGCCUCCAAUUCAAGUUCAGCUGUCAUACACCAAAACAGACAUUGGCAUAGGUAAUCAUCUACACUCUCUCAGACUUACUCUAUUAUACAGUCUCCAGUUCUCUGCUUCUAACACCUUUUCAACCCUAAAAACUGUCUAAUGAAUGGAAGAAGUGGGGUGAAGAACUAUGGUGUGUGUGAUUGGUGGUUUACUCUCUUGUUGAAGCAGAUCCCAGGUCCUAGGGAGAGGCCAAAUGUGCAACAGCAGCAGAGACAGCCGCACAGCAGGCAACGCAGACUCCAAGGAAUCCCCUUCUGUAGUAUGGCGUUCACUCGACCAAUGGUCAACUGGAAUUCUUCACGUGCCACCUAAAACAACACACAUUACAACACAGUGGCCGGUACACUAACUAGUUGCUCUACUAUACGUACCUUCCCUAUCAGAGACUGAGGAAACUCUUCGUCAAACCUGUUACUAAGACCAAACCUGCAGUGAGACAUUGUGUGUUUUACUGCACCUAAGAAAAAUGCAAUAGUUGAUGAUCAGAGGGAAAAGUACUGACAUUGUGGUACCACCGACCCCUCGAAUUCGUAUGGGGUCAGGAACUGUCGUGUGCAGGAGAUGUUCGUCCACAUCAUAGUCCAGAUAGUGCAGGGGAGGGGCGGGGUCUUCUAUCUCUCUCAGCUGGUACCUGAGGACUCUCUGUUCCACCUCCUCCUCCACGUCUAGCGACUCCAGAGAAUGAGGACCUUCUAGAGCGAGGUCCGCCAUCGCGCGGCCCUCGGCCACGCCCCUUUGCUGACGUUUGUACAACGGCUUAUGGGAGUGUCACGUGACUUUGAUUUUGCUCACGUGUAGUCGUUUCAGCAAACAGAAUAUCUUCUCGUCUUUUGGAGCUAGGUUUGCGAUGGAGAUGGAAGGUGGGCGUGGUGGAGUGACAAACAUCUCUGACAAGUCUGGGACCACCAGCUAUGGUGUCCAGGAUACUCUUAGAUAUGGAUAUUCUUCUGCCCGUGAUGAAAUAUCGCCUGCACACCCACUGGAACAUGUCCUGGCUAGCCAUGCAGUGAGGGAGGAAGCUCUGAGGAUGCAGAUCUUGCGUGAUGCACAAGGUAGUGGUGUCCCCCUGCGAAUGCAGAUGGAGCGCAGCAUUGUCUCAAGGGUUCAGAGGUUGCCGCCAUUGCAGAGCUCAAUGAUAGCUCUAGAAACGCUCACAGGGAUGAACACUCGCUUGGCUCCUGAGGAUAUCUUCAACCCUCCAUCUGAAGCACUGGUGACUGUCAACACUCAUUCUGCCAUGCAACGCAAGCUGAACAUGAACUAAAAUUACUAACCGCUGCAUUGCGUGAUCAUCGUAUUAUAAUACUUUCAUGUUUUAUCUUGACAUACUUUAUUUUGAUCAACAAUAGAUUAAAAUGCUACAAACGAGAGUCCAAACUAAAUAUGUUUUAAAAAGUUCAGCAGUGUUUUGAUGAUAGUUCAUUCGCUCUGGCUGGGAUGUAGGGCAUCAAGAACCUUGCCAAUAUCACCUCCUUUGGCCUUGAUGAGCUCAGUGAGCCAGCCCCCCUCGUUAUCAAACCCCAUUCCUUGCAACUGGGACAGUGCCGCUUCAAUUGGGUCCGACCUGCCUUCACUGGCAGCGGUGGUAGCAUCGUCCAGGGUUGGAUACAGCUGAAACAAGAAGCACCAUGUUCGGUGAGACACUACACCAGAUUGAGAACUCACGGUGUUGCCUUCAGGGACUUUACUGGGGGCUGAAGGGGGAGGGUCAGAGGUGUCGGCUUGAGACUCUGUCUUCUUUGGCUGCUCAUCAUCCACUACGUCCACGUCCACCUUGACUCCAAACGGACGAAGGAAAGUGGAAACGGCUUCCCCGAUGUCCUGCAGGUAGCUCUGUUGCUGCUCUUUCACCUGUUUGCCCCCCGACUGCCCCACACCCUCCUCUGUUUCCAUCUCCUCCGGCUUGGCUCCAGCUGGUUUCUCUCCUGGUGGCGGCGGGUUCUGCUGCCCUGCGCCAGGCUCUCCACCCCACUGACCUCCGAGGAAGUUUUGGAGGAAAAACGGAGGAACCCACGGCCCUCCGUGAGCCCACGGUCCUCCGUGAUGCCUGCGGACCCCACAGUGUCGUCCUCCCCUCCUCCCCCUCCACGGACCCCCGCAUCGCCCCCCGUGAGGGAACCCCCAGGGAUUGUAACUCUGGGGGUCACUGAUUGACACCAUGUUAUGCUCCACAUGCUCUCCCUUCUUCUCACACGAGGAGCAGAGAUCGUAGUCUGCACACACCAGGCACUUGUAGCGCACGCCAUAGAUUUCAGAGUUGCAGCCGUCGCAGACUACGUGGACGUGGUGUGGGCCUCCGGCUUUCUGCUGGGAUCCAGACUCGGAACCUUGCUCCUCCAUUGUCUCUUCCUCUCUCUGUUUGUCGUGGGAGGCCGGCGGUCGCGAGGGCUGGCAAGGCAGUGGGCAGAAAACAGGCUGCGGACAACACGGCGGCUUCUCUCUCUCUGGAAGUAAUAAAACGUGAACUAUUAUUUGUCGGUGAGAAUGUUCUCAC